UUUUCUGUGCCCGCGCCGCGCCUCCCUACCGCAGAGCUCUCUGGGUCGGUUGAAUGGUUGCUGAGCGGAAUAGCCGGCGGCUGUGAGCGGUGGCCGCCCCACUGUGUCCCUCCAUUCAUCCCCCGGCUCAGGUCUCAGACAUGGAGGCGCUCAUCCCUGUCAUCAACAAGCUGCAGGACGUCUUCAACACGGUGGGGUCAGAUGUCAUCCAGUUACCUCAGAUCGUGGUGGUGGGGACACAGAGCAGUGGCAAGAGCUCCGUAUUGGAGAGUUUGGUUGGCCGGGAUCUGCUUCCCCGAGGCACUGGAGUAGUGACCAGAAGACCCCUAAUCCUGCAGCUGGUCCUCGCGUCAGCAGAUGACCGCAGAAAAACUUCUGGAGAAGACAAUGAUAUGGACAUUUGGAAAAAUCCAAGACUCAAAGGUGUGGAUGCUGAAGAAUGGGGUAAAUUCCUACACACAAAGAACAAGAUAUACACAGACUUUGACGAAAUCCGUCAAGAGAUCGAGACUGAAACUGAAAGAAUUUCUGGCAACAACAAAGGUAUUAGCUCAGAACCCAUCCAUCUGAAGGUCUUCUCUCCUAAUGUGGUUAACCUGACGCUAGUGGAUUUACCAGGGUUGACUAAGGUACCGGUGGGUGACCAGCCUAAAGACAUCGAACUGCAGAUCAGAGAGCUCAUUUUCAGGUACAUCAGCAACCCCAAUUCCAUUAUUCUGGCAGUCACUGCCGCCAACACGGAUAUGGCAACAUCCGAAGCUCUGAAAAUUGCCCGGGAGUGCGAUCCUGACGGUCGGAGAACGCUUGCUGUGAUCACCAAACUGGACCUCAUGGAUGCUGGGACAGAUGCCAUGGAUGUCCUCCUAGGAAGGGUCAUUCCGGUUAAACUGGGCAUUAUUGGAGUUGUUAAUAGGAGUCAACUGGAUAUUAACAAUAAGAAGUGUGUAGCAGACUCGAUCCGGGAUGAAUUUGGUUUUCUUCAGAAGAAGUACCCUUCUCUGGCCAAUAGGAAUGGAACCAAGUACCUGGCACGCACCCUGAACAGGCUACUGAUGCACCACAUUAGAGACUGUUUGCCGGAACUAAAAACCAGGAUCAAUGUUUUGGCAGCUCAGUAUCAGACACUGCUGAACAGCUAUGGUGAGCCGGUGGAGGACAAGAGUGCAACCUUGCUGCAGCUCAUUACGAAGUUUGCCACUGAAUAUUGUAACACAAUCGAAGGGACGGCAAAAUACAUAGAGACAUCAGAACUGUGCGGUGGAGCGAGAAUUUGCUACAUCUUUCAUGAAACUUUUGGGAGGACGCUGGAGUCAGUCGAUGCAUUGGGUGGACUGACCACAAUCGACGUGCUUACAGCCAUCAGAAAUGCAACGGGUCCACGGCCGGCCUUGUUUGUCCCAGAAGUGUCUUUUGAGUUGCUGGUGAAGAGACAAGUGAAACGCUUGGAAGAGCCGAGUCUGCGGUGCGUAGAGCUUGUCCAUGAGGAGAUGCAGAGGAUCAUCCAGCAUUGCAGUAAUUACAGCACACAGGAGCUGCUGAGAUUUCCAAAGCUACAUGAUGCCAUAGUUGAGGUGGUGACUUCACUUCUGCGGAAACGCCUUCCUGUAACCAAUGAGAUGGUACACAAUUUGGUGGCCAUUGAACUUGCCUAUAUCAACACUAAACAUCCAGACUUUGCGGAUGCCUGUGGUCUGAUGAACAACAAUAUAGAGGAACAGAGGAGGAACAGAUUAGCCAGGGAUGUGCCACGGCCUUCAACACUUACAGAUAAGUCUACUAAACCUCCAGGGCCUUUGGCGUCCGCCUCCCUAGACUCCUGCCUCGCUUCUGCCUCUGAGGCUGAUGGCAAGGUCUCUCCUCCAGGGGGCGCUGCAGAUGUCCUAGAUGCUGGGACUGGUAACUGGAGAGGGAUGCUGAAGGCCUCUAAAGGAGAAGAGCAACUAGUGGAAGAGAGAAACAAAUUUGUACCCAUCCACCCGGCCAGCCCCCAGAGGGGCCACGCUCUGAACCUGCUGGAUGUGCCUGUGACAGUUGCCAGAAAACUUUCCGCUCGUGAGCAGCGCGACUGCGAGGUGAUCGAGCGACUAAUAAAGUCCUACUUCCUGAUUGUGAGGAAGAACAUUCAGGACAGUGUGCCAAAAGCCGUGAUGCACUUCUUGGUGAACCACGUGAAGGACACUUUACAGAGCGAACUGGUGGGCCAGCUGUAUAAAUCCAUGUUGCUGGAGGACCUGCUCACAGAGUCUGAGGACAUGGCCCAGCGAAGGAAGGAGGCUGCAGACAUGUUGAAGGCACUUCAGAGAGCGAGCCAGAUCAUCGCUGAGAUCCGGGAGACACACCUCUGGUGACCAGAAGAUCGACACACCAGACACAUCACUUAAAACCAGAGGAAGCGCGAGUCGUACACACGGUAGAAUUUUAUUUAUAUCAGAAAUCCCUGUGUAUUGGAGGAUCGUGUCCAGGAGGGAACCUGCUCUUCCGAGCAAGAAAAAA